AUGACAGCCAAAUUGUACGACGUGCUCGUUAUCGGCGGCGGCCCCGCAGGCUUGUCCAUGGCAACAGCAUUAGCUCGACAGGUCUAUUCAGCUUUAGUUUUGGACUCUGGCGAGUAUCGUAACGCGAGAGCAACUCAUAUGCACACUGUUCCUGGCUUUGACCACGUAGAUCCAGCAGAUUUCCGAGCCAAGGUUCGUGAUGAUUUGCGACGGAGAUACGAGCAUAUUUGGUUCAAGACGGCCAAGAUCAAGGAGGUGCGCAAACUGGACAGCGGCAUCUUUGAAGCCACUGAUGAGAAUGGAGAUAAAUAUACUGGCAAGAAGCUAGGUCUAGGGACUGGUGUGCAAGAUAUUUCACCAGUAGAUAUUGAAGGGUAUGAGGAGUGCUGGGGUUAUGGCGUAUUUCACUGCUUAUUCUGUCACGGCUUUGAAGAACGUGGAGCUGAAUCGGUUGGCGUUCUUGCCGGUGGCAUGCUGACUGCCCCCGAGAUGAUAUCUCACAUAGCCCUCAUGGCGAAGCGCCUGGCCAAGAGCACUACUGUUUACACAAACGGGAACACAACCCUCCUGAAUCAAGUUAAACCAAUGCUACACAGUAGUAAAAUCUCAUAUGAAGACAGAAAGAAUACGAAGCUAGAAUUGGAGAAUAGAACCGGGCCGGGCGUAAUUGUACACCUUGCAGAUGGGACCACCAAGAGAGAAGGCUUCGUGGCAAAUCAUCCGCAGGUCGAACAACGGGCGCCAUUUGCAACACAGUUGGGAUUAGAGCUCUCGCCUGCAGGAGAUAUUGUGAUCACGCCUCCAUUUAAUGAGACGAGUGUGAAGGGAUGCUUUGCUGCCGGUGACGCGGCUACUAUGAUGAAGAGUGCGGUGCAGGCUAUUCAGCUGGGUGUUACUGCUGGAGCUGGGUUGGUGUUUCAGCUGCAACUUGAGUUGGAUGAGAAGGAUGAAUUAACCCAUGACGGGUAUGCUGUAACGGCAUCGUUUGACGAGCUUAAGACCUUGCUGAUUGGCGCCCCCCUUCUGGCUCAAUGGGAUCCAGACCGAGAGACGAUACUAGAGACAGACUCAUCGGGUUAUGUUGUUGGAGGAUCGCUAUCGCAGAGAGACAACGAAGGACUCCUGCACCCAGUUGCCUUCUUUUCCAAGAAGAACGCCCCUGCUGAGUGUAACUACUCAAUCCAUGAUAAGGAGUUGCUUGCUAUCAUCCGCUGCCUAGAGCAUUGGGACCCAGAGCUGCGCAGUGUAGCCUCCUUCGAAAUCCUUACUGACCACCUUAACCUCCAGUAUUUCACGAAGAAGCAGCAGCUUAGCGAAAGACAAGCUAAAUGGGCUGAGAUUCUUUCCCGAUAUAACUUCGUUAUCCGGUAUCGCCCUCGCCGGCAGGCUAUAGUGCCCGAUGCCCUCUCUCGACGAGAACAAGAUAUGCCAGUAGGGCUAGACGACGAAAUGUUACAAGGACGCAGGAUGCAGUUACUUCAACCUGUAAAAGGAAUGAAGGGAGUCUUUAUAGUACACGCUGAAGCUCCUGUAGUAGUGAAAGCUGGUUAUAUAAGGAAAGGCGACUCUGACCAACCGGAUGACCCCACAGCCAGCCGUGACCCCUCGGUUGGGAACCCCUUUACUGAAGAUAAACUACAAGAACUCUGGAACGAAGGUCUACAGAAGCACAACCGAUGCAGGACAACGACUCUGCUGGAGAGAGAGAAUUUGGAUCCCUCAAUAAGAGCCUCUCCGCACGAAGAUCAUCCAGGAGACUCACGACUCAAUGCUAACUGGUCACCCGGGAAGAGAUAUGCUUAA